CGCACCGCGGUCCCAUAGACGCUUCCUGCCCACCCGAUGCUCGACCACUCCUCUGUCGACUACUCUGCGGUCGACUCGCGGCGCGAAUCCGCGCCAGGGUGGGUCGUGGCGCUGGUCGCGCUCGCUUCUGGCGUGGCAAUCGGCCUGAUCGCCGCACCAACCGCCGGACCGCAGCCACGCGAUAUAUGGAGUGAGCUGCCCGCGGAGGUGCCACACGGCUGGACCAACGUGCAGUGCCCGGCGGGUGAGAUCUUUCGCAACGCGAUGUGGUCGGCUGGCUGCCCUCCUGCCGACCCUGCCGACGCUCAUGAAGCUGCAGCCUUUCGACUGAUCACCGCAAUGGCGUACCGCACGUACCAGUCGUGGCGCACGUGGUGCGGCGAGGCCGAGUUGCGCCCGCCAGCCGGUCGACCGUAUGGCUUCCCCUCCUUCGUCGCACACACCGUCUCCCUCCUCAACCUCUUCGACGGGCUGCAGCUCACGCGCUGCCGCGGCCUCGUCGACCCGCUGCGUGAUGUGCUGCUCGCCCAGCUCGCGACCAGCCGAACCGCACCCCCUCUCGAGUGGUGGGAGGAGUCCUUCCUGCCCGCCGCCGCGGCCGCCUUCAGCUGCGGCUUUCGCGGCCUCGCGCCGCCGCAGGAGGGGCAGCUGCUCCCGGCGGACAUCCGGGACGUGUUCGGGCAGAGUGAGCUGGUGCAGCGGGUGUGGCGCCUCGUGCAGGGCUAUCUCCAGAGCACGCAGAAGCAGCGCGAGCAGCCGAGCCUCAAGUCGCAGGACUUCGACGUCUCGCUCUACGUCCCCUUCCUCCGCCCCGCCCUGCCUCCGCCCUACGCGGCCUCCCACCCGUACAUGAACCGCUCCCUCCUCCGCGUCGGCGUGCCGCACUACCAGGGACCGCCCACGUGGCUGCUGUGGCACACCAUCGCCGCUCGCGCCGCCGAGCUGCAGCGCUCCUGCGACCCGCCGCUCGCUUCCGCCGCCGUGGCGGAGUUGACGACGGCACCCUGCUCACACGCGGAGUUCAAGAGGAUGCUCGCCUUUUACGCGCUGAGCCACCCGUGCCCGCAGUGCCGCGAGCACUUCAUCUCGCGCGUGGUCGACGGCGACUCGCUCUGUCUGUUUGUGUGGAAGCUACACAACGCGGUCAACUCGGCGGUGACGUACAACAAGGACUGCCGCGUCGAGGAGAGCUUCGACGAGCCGCCCUUUGGAUGCGAGGGCCUGCCAGUCGGGCAGGGGAUGCAGGACUCGCCUCCGGGACGACCGGCGAUGGGGAGAGCGUGGCCCUUCCUGCGGCGGUACGAGUUCUGGAUGGCGAUGCCGGAGCGGUGGGCCGCCCUCCGGGAGAGCGGGCCAGUCCGCUCCGGCGCCGUGUCGCUCGACGCACUCGACUCGCCGGCCCUCCGCGCGGAGCUGUGGACGGCGGAGGAGAAGGCCUCGCACGCACGCGCGACCGACGAGGCGUCGGGCGCGCGCGUCGCCGACGCCAUCAGCGCGCUGGACCGGGCCGUGCUGCAGAGUGAGGUCCUGCGCACAGAGUAUGGCGUGCCGGAGCCCGUCGGCUGCAGCGAGGCCGCCCGGCAGAUCGGCGCGUGGCGGGAGGCGGAGGAGCCCCUCCCCUUGGGUCCCGACGGGCAGUUGCCCUUCCUCCCGGGAAGCUGCUCGCGGGAGGGGGGGGGAUGA